UCUUCAGUCGGUCGACCACCUCCCCAGCGAGCGGUCGCACUUUACUCGGUGCAGGAGGUCUCUCUCCGUUCUGUGUUCAACCGUCUUCUUCGUUUACGUGUCUACGUGUUGGCGUCUCGCGUUUGGAUUAUUUGCUUCAAUUUGACGGGAAUGACAUCGAUAUCACAAUAGAAACGUGGCACGUUCACUUGCACAGCCAAGACAAGGCGGAAGGGGGGGGGGGAGUUUUCCUAUCCGAGUUAAACUUACUACCAGAAUGGAGUGGGUGGAGAUCAUCGAGCCGAGGACGAAAGAACACAUGUACGCCAACUUGACGACCGGCGAAUGCGUCUGGGAUCCGCCGCCUGGUGUUUCAGUGAAACGAACGACGGACAACCAAUGGUGGGAGCUGUUUGACCACAAGACAUCGCGCUUCUACUACUACAACGCCGCCACCCAACGAACCGUCUGGCACAGGCCGCCCAAUUGCGACAUCAUUCCGCUGGCCAAAUUACAGACAUUGAAGCAAAAUACUCAAGUCAAAUCGCCUAGCCAAGAUUCUGCGUCGUCCAAAGCGGGCGAUGAAUCUCUGUCGUCAUCUCAAAACGGCCCGUCCACAGAUCAUGCCCGGCCAACAGCCAAAAAGGAAUCCGUUUCCACUCAGACGCCUUCACGUUCCGCCAUGAGCCGGAACGAGCGCAAUGGAAGCAGCGCCGGAAGCGGCACGAGGCGCAGCCUUGAAAAGCAUCAGGAUUCUCCUCGGCCUUCAUCCGGCGGAGGAUCGUCCACCGCGAUGGCGGGCACGGGGACGGGAACGCAGACGGGCUCGACGUCACCUGUCCCCUCGCCGCGUCCUCAUCGACGUCACCAUCAUCACCAGCAUCACAGUCACCAGUGCGGAAGCAGUUGCGGCAGCGUCAACAAACACGGCCAUGGGCCGCCGAAUGUCAGCGACGAAGAUGUCGACGCGGCCCAGCAGCUGGAACCGCUCGGCCAGCUCUCAGCAGCCCAGCAACAGCAGCAGCAGAGGAAGGUGCGCCGGGGCACGAGUCAUGGCGGAUGGUACAGUCGGCACGGCAAAUCUCAAGAUUCGGGCAGAUCGAGUGAUUCCAGCACCUUGUCGCUGAGCAAACGCUCUGACAAACUGGGCAGCAGCGCCGGAUCGGGUCCGCUUGGUGGAUCCUCGCUGACGUCUCCGCUUCGUGCGACUGCCGCAAGCGGACGCCGACCGACGCUGGAUCCAACUCCGAUGGAAUUCGGAAUGGGAAGCACGUCGAGCACUCCGCUUUCCAGUCGCAAAAAAGGCGCCAUUGGGGGCAGCAGCAGCGGAGUCGGAGUCGGAGGCGGCCUCGAGUUAUCUCGUCAGCGGAGUCUCGAUUCCGAAACGAGUCCCGUUUCGGCCGUGAUGGGAUCGGCCGGCUUGUCGAUGGGCAGCAACAGCACGAGCACCACCCCGACGCCUGUGCGCAGCCACAAACCGAACGACCUCUUUUAUCGCGAUGGAUCUCUUUCCAGGAGUUUGAGCUUCAUGCAACAGCGACGACCUCAAACGGCUCGUGGCCAAGGCCCUCUGUUCGAUUUGUGGUCCCCUCAGCGGGAGCACCAACUCUUGUCGGGAGCCAACAGCGAGAGUGCCCCGGGAGUGGACAGUCUAUGCACGCCCAUGAUUAAUCGUAAACAGCGAUCAUUUGAAUCCGGCGGCAGUGGAGGAUCGACGGGCAACAGCAAAGCGAGUCGAGUGUAUCAUCACCAUUCGCAACUCGAUUCGCCGAAGCUGCAGCAUUUAACCUCCCAGCAGCAGCAGCAACAGCAGCCAAGGCAGCAGAGACCGUUGGGAUCGUCGGCUUCAUUCCGCACGUCGUCGUCAACCGGAAGCGGCGGAAGAGAUGCACCCCGCCAAUUUGGCGGAAGCUUCGGAUCCGAUUCCAGUCCUAGUCCAAAGCGGGAGAGUAAAGAACAGCGCGACUCGUUGGGUCGUGUCCUCCGAUCCACCGACUCGUCGCCCCAUUCGGCCGGCGAUUCCGGACUGGCCACGACCGGAAGCCGGGCUUCUCAGGACAGCCGGACAAAGACGACGGCCGGCACCAAAUCAUCUCCUUCCUCAUCUCCGCCUUCAACCGUUGCCGCUCCUUCGGCCAUGGCCAUUAGUUCGUCUCAGCUUUCGGCCUCGUCGGCAAUGGCAGACAGCAAUGCGGCAGCAGAAGCGGCCGGCGGACCGCUAUACGACCCGGUCCCGCUCUAUUCGAAUAUAGACUACAAUUAUUACAUGGACUCGAAGGCUCAGGCGCACCUCUUGCCAUUGCAGCAGUACAUCCUGGAACAGGCCAAACUGUCAGGUUACCGAUUCGGGGACUCGUCGCCGAUCGCCGAGGACGAAGGCGCCGGAGUUGGCACAACGGAUCACUUCCGAUCGGACGAUGAAGAAGACCACGACUCGCUGCGACACCGACUACGAGUGCCGACUCAUCUUCGUCCGCCGGAACACGACGAUAGCGACGACUUUGCCGACGAUGAAGGCAUGUCAAACGUGGAAGAUUCUUCGUCACUGGAAUACCUGGACGAAAGCCAGUACCUGGAAGAAGAUGAUCACUACACGCAGUUCCUCUUGCCACCGGCUCCGCCUCAUCGCCAACAGUCCAAAACGCUAUUGCAUCACUUUGGGCCGGGAUCGGGACCCAAUCCCAGUGGUUACAGUGCAGACGUCAUUGUCGAACCGGAAUACACGGAAGCCGAUCCGGGUAUUUCUGGUGGAACUUACCGCAGUCUUCCCGACGGUCCAAUGGCUUCCGGGCCGAUUGUCUCCUCGUCGAAUUCGUCGGCGUUGAUGCAUUCCGGCUCGACGUCGUCACUACGCCCACGCCCCAAAGAAUCCAUGAUGAUUCAUCCUUCCAGCUCGUUGUACUCACCAGUCAUGGACCGAGCAGGGCCAUUUGCGAUGGAAGGAUUCCGGCAAUCGAUAGAACCCGUCAUCGCCGCCACGCCUUCCAGCAAAACUAGUCCAUUGCAGCGAUCGUCGUCAACGCUGGGACCGAACGGCAAAGGGCCGACGACACCGACCGAUGGCGACAUUCAAAAGUACGCACAGAGCCAUUGCAACAUCCACAAGAAGGGCCUGUUUCGUAAGAACUUGUCGAUUCGCGACAUGCUCAGCUUCUCGAAAGAUGCCAUCCGCAAACCGAUGCUGCCACUGGAAGACAAGACGCUGAAGAAGGAGGCGUGCGAUUUGUUUAAGCUAGUGCAGAUUUACAUGGGCGAUCGCAAGUGCAAGCCGGGCAUGACGUGCAACUCUGUUGCCCUCGAACUGUGCAACCACGCCUGGAACAAGCCAUCGCUACGCGACGAGCUCUAUUUGCACGUUUGCCGUCAGACGACAGAGAAUCCUCGCAAGGAGAGCUUAAGACGCGGCUGGGAGCUGAUGGCCGUCUGCCUGUAUUUCUUUCCACCUUCACCCAAGUUGGAGCCUUAUCUCGAUGGUUACAUUAACCGGCACCGCGAUCCCAGUUUGAAUUUCACCGAAGUCGCCAAAUGGCCGAUUCACGUGCAAGUGUCUCAUUAUGCCACCAUCAGCUGUCGGAGACUACUUCGAAUCGGUGCCUCUGGCCGUCGCCAGGAGCGCAAACCCACUCUCGAGGAAAUCGAGCAAGCAAGGUUGCAAAUCUUCCGACCAAGCAUGUUUGGCAAUACGCUGGAAGAGAUUAUGAUGGUCCAGCGUGACCGUUUUCCGCAUCGCAAACUGCCCUGGAUACAAACGACUUUGUCGGAAGAGAUUCUAAGACUCCAAGGUGCUCAGACUGAGGGCAUUUUCCGAGUUCCGGCUGAUGUGGACGAAGUCAAUAGUUUAAAGAACCGAAUGGACCAAUGGGAAGUGUGUCCCGUUAGCGACGCCCACGUCCCGGCCUCCCUACUCAAACUUUGGUACCGCGAACUUUACGAGAGUCUCAUUCCUGAUGAACUGUACCAGGAUUGCGUUCAAUACUGUGCCGAUCCUGAACGGGCCGUCGCCAUAGUUCAUCGACUGCCAGAAUUUCACCGACUCGUUCUCUCCUAUCUCAUCCGCUUCCUACAGAUCUUCUCACAGACCGAAGUGUCUUCUGUGACCAAAAUGGACGCCAGUAACUUGGCCAUGGUUAUGGCGCCCAACUGCCUCCGCUGUAACGCUUCUGAUCCUAAAAUUAUCUUUGACAAUGCUCGCAAGGAAAUGGCGUUCAUCCGGACGUUGAUCCAGCACCUUGAUACCUCCUUCAUGGAGGGCGUCGUUUGAAUCUUUGGACAUUGUAUGGUGAGAGAGUCGAAACUCAGCAUGAAAACAGUUUUCUUUUUUUUUAUUUAUAGAUUUGUUGUUUUUAAACCGGUAGUUCCAUCGCAUCUCCUUUCGUUCGUUAAAAAGGGUUAGCCGCAUAUUUUCUUCUCAUUUUUUUUAUUUUUUUUUCGGCUCAGAAAAAAUACCUUUACAAGUUGAAUUCACGCAAUCUAAGUCAUUCGAUUUCAAACCAAAACCACAAGGUUUAGAAAAACCAUGCCGCCCCUAUUAUUAUUAUUUUUUUUUUUUUCAACAAAAGAAAAUUAUUUUAACCUACAAAUGCAGAAUUAAGGCAGCUUUUUCAUUACCUUUUGUGCGUUUAUUUUUAUUUCUUUUUUUUACAAAAGAAACAAGAAAAAAGAAUUAUACUUGUCAAAUACGAUGGUAAAACUUAGUAAAAAGAAGAGAAAAAGUAAUAUAAAAUUGAUGUUCCCGACAGCUAAAACGGCACCUGAUUGCAGCUCGUUAACGUUGAUUACGAUGGGUAAAAAGAGGAGGUCUGGAGAAUAGAGUUGCAUGAGUUGUCGAAUCCAAAAUUGUUCAUGUAAUCCCCGUUUGAAAGACGAGCCUAUUCACGAGAUAUGCCUCCAAAGUCAGUAGUUUUUUAUUGUAUAGCCUCUUCUCUGCAUUUUCAUUCGUUUUUUUUUUUUUUUUAAUGAUUUCUUUUGUUUGUUUUUCUUAAUUUUUUUUUUUUUUAAUCAACUGAAAAUGUUGUCACUGUGGUUGUGCCGAUGAUUCACGUUCAUGGCAAGACUCACGCUUCUUACCCAAAUUACCAUUCGUCCUUAGAUAAUGUCUUGUUUCUCUUGUCAUUUCUCAUCAUCCCUUUUGGGCAGCGUGUCCCGCGGGAAAACCUCAGAAAGUUAUAACCCGCUAGCAAAAAAAGGAAAAAGAAAUGGCGCUGAAAAAGUUCAAUCGAAUCACUUUCUUAACCUACUUUUUUUUUUUCUUUUUUUCUUUGUGUUUUGUGUUUUGUGUUGUGUGUGUUUCUCUUUUCCGAACUAUGGUAUCCUAUUCAAACUAGCCGGUAAUGUCAUGCGUGUUCUUCCGCCUCAUCACAUUCACUUUCCUCUGGGCUAUUUCGACCGUCUUUUGUACUUUCUUUUGCCUUCAGCCGUUUGACAAUGUGGUCCCACUUGAAACAUUUCUAUUUCGUAUCCUUUUUGUUAUUUUCUUCGCGAAAUUGACAUCAACACACACACACACACACACAGGCAUACACAACACCGAACAUUUGAUAUAUACAUAUUCUAUUUCUCGUGCUUUUGUACCAUAUUAUACGGCCGCCAAUUGA